AUGACCGUCAGCGAGCAAUCACCACAGGCGUCAAGGGCACUUGUGCUCCACGGCCCUCAGGAUUUACGACUUGAAACACGGGAGAUCUCCUAUCCCAGCACGGGGGAAGUCCAAAUAGCUGUCUGUGCUACUGGUAUUUGCGGGUCGGAUCUCCAUUACUACCGACACGGCCGUAAUGGAGACUUUGUCGUGCGUGCUCCUCUCUGCCUUGGCCAUGAGUCUGCCGGCAAGGUCAUCGCCGUCGCCCCGGACGUGACCGCCCUGCGAGUCGGUGACCGCGUUGCGUUGGAGGUCGGCAUCCCAUGUCGCAAGUGCACGUUCUGUUCGCAGGAUCGAUAUAAUCUGUGCCACUCCAUGCGGUUUCGCAGUUCCGCGGCUGUAUUCCCUCACCUGGACGGCACGCUCAUGGAUGUGACUAACCAUCCAGCGUCGAUGUGCCAUAAGCUACCAUACUCGAUAUCCGAUAUCCAAGCUGCUCUCAUCGAACCCCUCGCGGUGUGCGUACACGCCGUAAAUCGCUCAAAGCUCGCCUCUCAAGCGUCCAGCGAGGAAUCCACCGCUCUCAUCUUCGGCGCCGGUGCCAUCGGGCUCCUCCUGGCCUCGACCCUCGCCGCAACCCGUUCAUUCGACAACAUCGUCAUCGCAGACAUCGACGAGCCAAGACUACACAUAGCAUCUACCCUGCCAUAUCCCAACAUCAAAACCGUCCGCCUUCCAAUCCAAACCCAAGAUGGCCCCGCUACCCCAGAAAGCGACAACGCGUUCGCCCAAUCGCUCGCAACCCUGCUAACCACCGCAUCCUCCCUCCCUCACGGCUUUGCGCGGGUCUAUGACUGCACCGGCUCGCCCGUCUGCAUCCGGGCUGCGAUUCACGCGUCUUGUCCCGGCGGCGCAGUCGUGCUCGUUGGGAUGGGUGGGCCGCGGUUCCCGACACUCCCGCUAUCCGUCGCGGCUCUGCGAGAGAUUGAUUUGGUGGGAGUGUUGCGGUAUGACGGGCGUUGCUAUCCCGACGCAGUGUGGCUGAUGGCCUCGGGGCGGCUGGAUGGAGUGGCGGAGAAGAUUGUCACUCAUACGGUUGAACUGGGAGAUGGUCAGCGGGCGUUUCGGUUGGCGGGGAGCGGGGUGGAUGAGGAUGGGCGGGCGGUGGUGAAGGUUGUGGUGGUUGGCAGAGAAGUAUGA